CCGCUUUAUUCCUGUAUCAAGCAUCUCCUGCUCUCAUUCGUCGCGGGUCAGCUGGAAGACAGAAGCGACCACCUGAACAUCGAUGGCAGUGGCAGCUGCCGAGCCCACGUGGCAGGCGGAGAGAGAACAGGAAAGGCAGUCUGGAGGCAGGAACCUUGUCCGCGGCCGGUCGUCGAAGGGCAAGCGAAACUCGAGAUCGUCGUCGGGAUGCCAGGUGUCAUAUGCGUACCGUCGCAGGAAGCAGAUUCAAUGCAUGCUCCUCGGCCGCAGGAGCAGAUGCGAGGAGAAGGAGACGCCGGGGAGGAGGUGGAGUGGAGUGGGGAUGAGCUCCGUAGGAGGGGAUCUCUGGACAGCAGCCUGCCGAAGGAUAGGGUUGUCCCGCUGUCGUCAUCGUCAUCGGCAGCUAAGGAUGGAGUGCGUCGCACAUGGCCGCCUUCGAAAAUCCCGCGCUUCUCGAGCUGUGAAAGGAUUGACCGGCAUGGGCGCGAAGGCGGAAGCGGGGGGGAUACGGGGGUGGCGGAACGCGCAGCACGCGGGGGGGAGCAUGACGUGGACCUGCGCCGCUCUUCGCUUGGAGGGGGGAUAGCAACUGGUUCUCACCAGAUCAAGGAUAUGCGGAGCCGCAUGCUUUCGGCGGGAAAUGGCAGCCACCGAGAUGGAGCAGCAGGAGGAGGAGGAGGAGGAGGAGGAGGAGAGAGAGGAGAGAGAGGAGGGAGGUUUACCAGUCCGAACACGUGGUCGGUCGAAACAGUACGCCUUAGCGGUAGUUCUCUCGAGGGGAGCCAGAGUCUGCUGGCAAGGGCUAUGUUGAUGAGCAAGGGCUGUUCCAGGCCCUCUCUGAUACCGAAGGCGCCGGGGGUGGUUCUCAGGUGCAACGCACCUGGUCCUAUACAGUUCGGGGAGCAGCUGGGCAAGCGAGGAAGUGUGCUGGCGCGCCCAAUGGCGGGAUCUAUCCCACAGAAUGGCGGCGUCGGGAUGAGGGAGAUCGGGACGAGCAGUCGCUGUGGGGGGUCGGAGAAAAUUGGCGGGAAAUUGGGACUGAUCAGGGCGUCAGUCGGGGCUAGCGAUAGCAGCAGCGGCAGCCUCAGCUGCAAGGGCGGGGUAUCGUCUGCAAGCGAGGAAGUAGGAGUGGUCCGACUGAGGGAGGCGACGGCAGGGAGGGGGGCGGUUAACCGGUAUGGAGAAAGGCCGUCAGCCUCGAUGCAAUACAGAAGCGGGCAGAGGAUCAGCGUCGUGAGUGUUGGCGCUGGCGCAGGGUCGGCGGCGGGGGAAUCAUCCCCAAAUCUGGCGGGAAACGGAAUACUAAAGCCUGGCCAGGAGACGAGGAGCGGUAAGGAAGGCAGAGGAGGAGGAGGAGGAGGAGGAGGAGGAGGAAGAGGGAGAGGGAGAAUGCUUAACGGAGACGGGGGGAGUUCAUUGAUUUCACAGAAGUUGGCGGGAGGAGGGAGAAGAGAAGGGACGGCGCCGGGCGCCAGAGCGGAGACUACCUCGGUUUUGACUGACUCAUCCCGCAAGCUAAUUAAAGAAGGAACAGCACUUGGAGAUAGGAAGGAUUCUGCUUCUUCGUCUCUCAAGGGUGUGAGGGCUGGGAUACCGACCGCGAGAGGGGUAGCUUCCGGUCAGAACGUCGGGGAAGCUCGGGGCUAUGGAGAUCGGUCGAUCUCGGCGUCUUUCACCGGCAAGCGGCCUGAACGCAGCAGCAUCGGAGGGUCCGCUUCUCGUCCUUCCGCCGCCGCCCCUAAUGCUCGUCGGCUACCGACUGCUGCCAUUGGCGGGGUCUCGUCGAGGUCCCGACCUCCAGUCGUUGGAGAGGAGAAGAAGACGUCAACAUCGACCUCGGGGGUGGCACCACCACCACCCAAAGCCGCCACCGGGAAGUCCACCAUCGCUCGCAUUGCAUCUUCUUCAACUCCAGCUUCUUCAGUCUCGUUUUCGCCAUCGCUCGACGGCGAUGGCCCCCCCAAGAGUGGUGCCGCUGGGGGCUCAUUAGGGCCUGCUUGCACCAGAUUAGGCGGCGGCGGGACACAUUGCUGCAAGGGGGACCGGAGGGACUGCGGCAACCAUGGAACGGCUUCCGCGGCCCGCCAUGGGCCGAAACCCGGAUCCUUCUCGGUAAUGCCGAGUCGACUUAAUCCUAAUCCCGAUCCACGUGGCAACGCAGGAGGGGGGGGGGAGCAAAAAAGGGCUCGUAGUCUUGUAGUAUCGUCGUCGCCAGCUUCCCAUAUCAAAGCCACAUACGUGUCGGCAAACCCGGAGACGAUGGCACCGCCCCCGCUGGGGAAGAUGCGCAAAACCGUACAUCCCGCGAAGUCGGGCGCGGGGGCGACGUCGCGCCCGGUGCGACAACCGGGCCAGUCGUCGGCGGCGACGGCUAUGGCGGGCGUGGUCGCUCAGAAGGCUCCGGCGGCGAUGCCGGGGAGCCGGGGGGGGGUAAUGAAGCAGCAGGCAAGAACGGGGGGGGAGUCGUCAGAAAGAGCGAAGAAGUUGUCCGCGCCCGUUGCUGCCCCCGCGGCGAAGAAGACGAUGGCUGUCUUAAAGCAGGAGGAGCGGCAGGAGGAGAGGCUGCUGCUCGUGCUGGGUGACGUCGGGGUCGGGACUGACCACCAGCGGGAAGUUGCCGGCAUGGAUCGUGAAGAUGCAGUCCCCCUGGAGCGAACAGCGGACAAAGAAACACGUUCGGUGGUAAUCAGCAGAGGAGGAGAACGGAUAUUGUCUUCUUCUUCAUCACCCUCCCCGCACAUCGGGCUCAAGAGAUCAGCGGCGUUGGCUAUUGCGGCGGCGGCGGGGAGGGGGGGUAGCAAAGCAGGAGGGGGUGAUGAAGAGAGUGGGGGUGGGGGAGAUGCAAGCCCAGCUCCUGAUGGAAGGAUAUGCAACGGACCGACGAGCGGAAGCGACAGCUAUAAUGGAGAAAGCGGCCGGUCGAUCUCUCUGGUCUUGCCGGCUGCGCCUCCUCCUUGUUCAGACGUUUCCGCGAAAGAGCCCGCGUCACUGCUCGUCAGCUCUCAUAGUCAUUACACAAGUCUAGUAGAACCGGUAGUGGGCGAUAAAGCCGCGAAAGGGAAGCUUGAAGAGCAGUCUGCUGGCCCGACAGGAGGCAGACGGAAUGGGUACCACGAGCCGUCAUCAUCGCCCUAUGCUCCUGGCGUUGGCGUGAUCUCCGCGCCGCCGCCGCCGCUAGUGAGGGACGAGCAACAGCAGUUGGCUGUACGAACGUGCCAGCAGUCAACGGAGAUGGUCAACGGUCAACGAAAAGUUGUAGAGACGGUGGAGGGGGAGUCGAUCCCGAUCCCGAUCCCGGAGCAAGCGGCUGUCAAAACAGCGGGCUUGGAGGUAGCGACACGUGGCGCGGACUUGACAGACAAAGAGAAUCUGAGGACAGAUUUGGCGGGUGAACAGUUGUCUUCUUCUGUGGGGCCAAUCAAGGCAUCAUCGUGCCGACUGCAGGCAGCGGGGUCGUCGAUCGAGGAGGUGGAGGAGCAGAAAAGACAUUGUCGUGAUGAGGGAGGGGUUAUGGAGAGCACCGGCAGAUGUACGACGACGAGGGUAGUGGCCAGCUCACAGGGCAAGUCUGACGGUGUAGCAUUACCGAGAAGUGCAACGAGGAAGAUUGGCACAGCAGGGUCAGCGACGCCCGGGGGAGUGGCGGCCGUGAGGGUGGAGCGUGAGAGAAAGGAGGUUCAGGUUCGUCAUCAUCAUCAUCAUCAGCAGCAGAUGCCAAAGGAGGAAGAGGAGUGGGUAAGGCCAGCCAAUUUACUGUCGGAAUGGAGGAACAGAGGCAGAGAGUCGCGGGUAAGGGGAGGAGGAACGAUUGCCCCGGGGGAGGGGGGAGGAAUUGCCAGUAAUCGAUUGCCGGCUGGAGAGAGAGGAGGGAGAGCGGAUGCACGCAGCAAUGCAGGAGGAGGAGGUGGCGGCAAAUGCGUCGUCGCGACGACGGCUGCAAAGGUCGUUCCUCUGCCGCUUCCCGAUCCCGACUUCUCUCCGAGGAAACCACCGCCGUCGGCAGUAACGACGCCGGGCUCAACGUCGGGCACGAAGAACACCCGCCUACUCGUUGAUCGGAAGCAGCCGCACGAGGAGGUUGGAGAUGAAGGAGGUGAAGGAGGUGGUUGCAUUGCUGAGUCGACGAUUGCGCCGAUGAAGAAGCAACAAUGCCAUGCGGAAGGGGCCGUGCGCACUUCUUCCUUGCACAACGGACCUAGUAGUAAUAUUAGUAUGUCUCCAGUAUCGCUGAUUGGUGGGGGAGGAGUAGGUGGUGUUGGGUAUCUUUCGCAGUCCGAUGUGGAUCCUGCUGCUGCUCGUGCUGUUGCCACUCCGAUGGUUGGCGGCAAUGAAAGUGAUGAUGGGGGCAAGAUGUUCGCAGUGAGGACGAGCGAUGCGCUGCGUUCCGUGGCGGGUGAGCCCUUUGGUGUUGGAUUUGGUCUCGGGGAAGGAGGGGGAGGAGGGGGCAACACCAAGCUGCUACUUGUUGGUGUCAGCAACGACUUCAUGCAGUGGACGACAACGCGGGAGGAGGACGAUUCCAUCGCAUUCGCGAGGAGGGGGUUGGUGUGUGGGAGCACGAGCACGGAGGAGGAAGCUACGCGUAUGAAGUUAUCAGUAGGAGGAGGAGCGGCAGCAGCAACCAUCACUCCAUCAUCAGGAGUGGCGGCGCAAGGCGCAAAGAAAGCGGAGAGAAGAGGAGCAAUACCAGCUGUAACGACAAGAGGGACAACGCCUGCGGCAGUGGGAGGAGCUGAAGCCUCGUCCAUGGGAGCAGUGGACCGUGGUUUUGGCGGGAAAGAUCUUUCCGCUACUAUUGUUCAAACUCACACUGUCGCGGCGCCUGGUUCGUCGUCUCGAGGCUGCAGUUCUAUGGCGGCGGAUGGCAGAUUUGGCGGGAAAACCUCGUUCCAAGCGGAAAAAGACGAAGAUGAGUAUCUCUCUGCCGGUGUGGUGCGUGUCGGUCUGUCGGGAUCCGGGAGGCAUUGCUAUGAUGGCGAUACUGCGUCUGACCGUGACCACCUCCUCUCUGUUCCCUCGUUAGCGAUGAAAAAUGGCGCCGCCGCCACGGAAGCAGCUGACAGGUUGAUGACUCCCGCCCUCUCCUCACUCCCAUCUCCCGCCGUUUCCCCCCCGGCCCUCCCGCCCUCGCUGACGGGAAAGGGAGAGGAGGUAGGGAUCGUGCCGCCUUUCAUGUUGACGGGGGCAAAAAGUUCUUUGCUUAGACAAGCGAGCGUGGAGCGGAACGGCAGCCGCCGCCUCCUGCCUGACUCGCCAAUGCCCUGGCCAUCGCCGACGAUGACCACCGAGAAGCUUGUUUGGACUAGUGAGAACGGGGUUGGGGUUUUGGCGGGAACGAAGGGUGAGCCGGACAAGAGAGGUGGCGGGGGGAAAGGGCUCGCCUUGUUUGCCGAGCUAUCAGCACUUAGCGCCAGCAGCUCGCCGGUCCUGUGCCGCUCGGCCGAUGACAGAGAUAGCCAGUGGUUGUUGCCGCAAUCCAAUGGCUUGAACCUGUCGGGUGAGAGCUUAAGUGGCGGCAGCAGCUAUCGGCCGGGCUACCCUGUCGAGGCCUGCAGCACUCAGCAGGCAAGAGACCCGCCGGCGGCAAAAGGUAGGGGUGAACGUGGCAUUCCGCAGCAGCAGCAGCUGCAGCAGUUCUCGAGUCAGCAUGAGCAGCAGCAAUGUCAUGCCGAAGAUGAGAGAGGCGGCGGCGAUGGUGUGAAAUCGGACAUAGCCAAGAAGAAGAGAAGGACGGAAGGUGUGGAGGGGCGGGAGAAGCAGCCGGCGGGCUCCAAGAGGCAGCCUCCAGCGCGACUCCAAAGCAGCGAUGGCAGGAGUGUGGGGACGGCUAUCAGGAGGGCGAGGGGGGGGCACCAGGAAACCAGCUCGGCAGAUGUCGGAGUACCUAUCUGGCCACAGCAUGCGCAAGGGAAGAAUAAUGCCGCUUUCGCUCUCGUCGCCAAAGAUUACGACGCGGUGGACAUUAACGGAUGCUGCAGAGGAGGGCUGCGCUCCGCACCUGCAGCACAUCAUCAGCUCAAGGAGAGCCCAAUGCCGCCAUCGCCCCCACCAGUAGUGACUGAGGCACACUUUUCAGGACCAUGUUCUCCGGUCAACCAGACCAAACAGGCGAUUUCUGCUAUUCUUCCUUCUUCUUCUUCUUCUGCUUCUUCUUCUACUACGUCUUCGUCGUCGCUAUCAUCGUCGCUAUCAUCGUCGCUAUCAUCGGCAGGAAUGGUGGCGUCGGGGGCAGCAGCACAGCAGCAGGUUCUGGGAAAAGUGGUGCCGUGGGGAAAGGGGAGAAGAGUGGUUGAGAAAGGGGGGGGACAGCGCCAGGCGGGAGUGGGUGAUGUGGCAAAUGUCGGGAUCGGCAUUGUCGCAAAUCUCGUGCGAGCAGAUGAGGGAGGAGGAGGCGCUGCUGCUGCUGUUGCUGCUGUUGCUGCUUCUCUCAGCGGCUUCAACUCGCCUAAUAAUGCUGGGUUGGUAGUGAAGACGGUCUUUGGUUCUCCACCCGGUCGCGUCAGCCUUUUACCUGUUAGUCUUACUCUCGCGGCUGGAAGUGCUGGCGUUAAUGGCGGCGAAGGUGGGGGUAGGAUUGAGAACUGCCCUGGCCCCCAUCUUCCGAAUUUCAACGCAAUCCCUCAAGAUAUACUGGAUGACUUACAGGUCGAUGACGUGUUUGAUCUUGAAAAAGACGACACUUUCACUUGCUACGAUGUGCCUCAGAAUAUUGCCGAUAUAUUGCAAUUGGAGGUGCGAUCAUCUAUGAGCAUCGAUGGUGCUACGGGCAGGCUGAGUCGAGGUUCAGACGGGGGAGAAAGCCUGUUGUUGAGCGGAUACACGUGUUAUAAGAUGCCUAAGGAGCUGCUGGAAAUGACAGAUGGUGAGAGUAGCAGCUGCACGUCGUCCUUGCGUGGAAGCCUUGCCUUCUCCGGCGGCGCCUCUAGAGAUGCGAUUGCCAGCAGCAGCCACCGGCGAUCGAGCGGCGUGGGGGCGGCGGCGGCGACGGGGGGGGGUGUGAUUGAUUGUGGCGGGAGGGCGGCGAGGGGGGUGGUGGUUGAUUGCCGGGGUCAGAAGCUCCUCGACGUCGUUGAUCAGCCCUCGGCAAGAUUGAUGGGCCAAGGUAAUCAGGACGAAGCGACGAUGGGAUUGGGGUCGCCUCGCCCUACUUCUCCCUCUCCUACUCCUCCUCGCAUUACCCAUUCUCCCGUUGUACGCGAUGGUGGAGAAGUUGGUGAGGUCUCGGGUCAGGAGGGCUGCGAGGAGGAGGAGGAGGAGGAGGAAGAGAGUAGAAUGUCGAACUCCCUUCAUGCUGACAAACAAGGAGCAGAUGGUCGGACUGGGGGAGGCGCCAACUCGUUCAGCGGACGACCGGUCGUUGGUAAGGGAGGAGAAGUUAGUAGUAGAAGAAAGGAGGACGUCCGAAGUGAUGCUUAUUUCCAUCUGCCCCCCUGGACCGGGGAGGCUCUCGACGGCGCAGUUGCUGCUGGUCAGGGUCAGCAGCACCGUGACGAGGUGGUAAGCGAUCACGUACGACCGGUCGUUGAUAACCUGCAGGUCGAAUUCAAAAGCAAGGCAGACGACGCGGGGGCAAAGAUGGCAGGAAGCGUGCGGUCGCCGGACGCUGACCGCCAUGGACUGGUCCUUCCCGCUGCCGCGCCCGCCGCCGACGACGUCGCGGCCGCGGUGUUAUGUGUCUCUCCUGUCUCGUCCGCCGCGUCUGCGAAUGGCGAUCAUGUAGGUAUCCCGAUCUUAUCGAUCCGAUCUCUAGAAAAAGACGACUGUGAAUGUGAGUUGAAGAGUCCUGACGAUGGAGCGAGUUUCGCGGGGAAGAGGGGAAGGGGAGGCGAGGUAACGGAGGAGGAAAAGGUGGGAGGAGAUGUCCCGUUGCAGGCAGGUUUGUCAUCGACGGCGAUCGCAUUGGCCAUCACCCGGAAGCAGACGCAGCAGCCUUUGGCGGCUGUCGGGAUCGCGGCGGAAGAGGAAGAUGACGGUGACUCUGGGGUGUUGAGCAGUAAAAGAGGGGUCACUGUCGCGGUGGCGUUGCGAAAAGGGGCUGGAGUGGGGGUCUCUUCGCCGGUGGAAAGGUCACUUGGACGAUCCAAUGAGGACAAUUUGCUCGAUACGGAGAGCGCGAGCGGGACGGAGGAUUGGCUGCUGAAGCCGCCGGUAGUGAAAGGUGGACACGGCGGCGGCGGGGGGUUGGUUGGCCGACCGGUCGUAGCUCCCGCCGGAGUGGGUUCUUCUUCCCCUGCGGCUGCAGACCGCCGCGAUCAUGUGGACAAUGCCGGGCGUCUUCUUCGGUCUGGCCGAAGACAGACACGUGUCACUGAGAAAGAUGGCAUUGAGAAGGGGAGGGGAGGUUGUGAUGAAAAUGACCUCUCCACGAAGGACAGGGGAGAGGAGUCGCUGGAGUUGUUCGCGGCGUUGAAGAAGAGGCCCACGCUGGGUGUCAGCGAUGGGGUGAUGGGGGAGGACUGGUCGGGCUUGGACAGCGUGCCGAACGGCGGAGAAUCCCUUGAGCAGCAGAACGGGUUCUAUAGGAGAAGAGGAGAUAAAUGGGGGUUGACGAGUUCGUUGGAUAUGGAGGUGGGAAGGAUGGCUAUGGAGAACCCUCCGUUUGACGAAGAUUUUAGUCUCGAAGCGAUGGUGAAUGGGGGAAGACGGCGGUUGGGAGGAGGGAGAGGGGGGAGGAGAGGAGGAGGCACGGAAAGUGAGGUAAGUAGGAGCAUGCCUUCGUUCUCAUCACCACCACAGCUGAAGAGGGGCGAGGGGGGGGAGGAGCCCCCCUCGCGUCCAACCCCCGCUUCGUCGUCUUCGUCGGUCGUUGGCGAGUGCAAUGCUAGUAUUAAUCCUACGGAUGCCGAAGCCGGAGGCGGCGGCGGCGGCUCUCUUGCCGUCGCUGUCACGGGUGGCCGUAACGUGUCUCGCGAUCGGGAUCGGGAUCGGGACAGGGACAGGGGAAGAAAACUGCACCCGUGCGUAAUCACCUCAGAGGAGAGUUUCCGCAGCAGCAGCAGCAGCAGUGGUGCUCUGUUCAUCGGCAAUAUUCAGGUGACAGUGAAUCCUGUGGGCCCGGUGGUGGAGGAGAAGACGAAGCAGCUUUGUAAAGCGUCGGGUCUCGACCCCGAUCUGAUGGAGAGUUGGGAGUGGGAGGACGUUUUGUCAAGUCAGCAAUGGUCGUCCAUGGAGAAGAAGAGAGCAUCAAGUAUCAAGCGAGCUGGCGACCGUCUGCAAAAUGACCAACGUGAGGGAGGAACAGGAAUGGUGGUGGAGGGGAGGGGGGGGAGUAGAACCAACAACCAUGCUGACGACUCGGGCCAAAGGACAGCCUUGGACGGGAGUCCCUUGGGAGAAGGAGUGCUUUCUCCAUCACCAGCGCCCAGCAAAGGGGUUGGUCCGAAGCUCGCGUCACGUCCAUUUAAAGAGCAGCAGCAGCAGCAGCAGCAGCAGCUACCUAAGUCACCGGGCAACCACACGUUCUCCGACAACAGAUCGAAUGGUUAUGGGUUCUUGUCUGAUCCCUGGAACCAUGCGGACUAUGGUGCGCGAGCUGGGGCGACCAAUGUGAAGCCAACGGAGAAGCUAACGAAGAAGCCAACGAAGAAGCCAACGGAGAAGCGAACGAAGAAGCGAACGGAGAAGCCAACGGAGAAGCCAACGGAGAAGCUGACGGCGAAGGAAGAGUAAUUAGACCGACUGGUCGGUGAAUGUUAUGGUGUGGGGGAUGGGAUAUGCUUAUCGGGAAGGAGAGGGAGAUAUAACGGAGGUAGCCACCGGAAAUGUUAACGGAGAAGCCAACUUAGAAGUUGACGGAGAAGAAAAGAGUAACGUGACCGACCGGUCGGUGAAUGUUAUGGUCUGCAGGAUGGGAUACCCCGAUUGGGAAGGACAGGGAGGGCUAGCGGGGAAGCCAGUGGACAAGUUAACGGACAAGUUAAGUUAACGGACAAGUUAAGUUAACGACAACUUACGUUAAUGACAAGUUAACUUGUCGUAACUCAACGACAAGUUAACGGGCAAGUUAACGGAGAAGCCAACGCAGAACGGACAAGUUAACGGAGAAGCCAACGCAAAACGGACAAGUUAAUGGAGAAGCCAACGCAGAACGGACAAGUUAAGUCAAUGGACAAGUUAACGGAGAAGCCAACGCAGAACGGACAAGUUAAGUCAAUGGACAAGUUAACGGAGAAGCCAACGCAGAACGGACAAGUUAACGGACAAGUUAACGGACAAGUGAACGGAACAAGCCAACGGAGAAGCUAACGUGGAAGAAAGAAUCUUCUCUUUAGAGUAAAAUAAAUAAAACAAUUAAUUAAUUAAUUAAUGGAAAGACCGUUCCAUAAUCUUUCAAGCAACAAGUUUUGUCAACGGGUUCCUCUGUCCCCCAGGGCCAGGCACCACCAGGAAAGAAGAUUUGGAUUUAACGCCUGAAUCUGGUGGACGUGCUCGGGGAGAGGUGCGGAGAAUUGCGAUUGAUCUGCUGCAUAAGGCAUGCGACAGUCCAGGUUCAGGCGCUUAAUCCAAUCCUCUUUGCCAGAUGGACCUCGCCGCCAAUGCCGUUGUCAUGCAGAUCGUCUUUCGUAGAUUACUAUUAAUAUCAUUAUAAGAAAGAAAAACAAAAGGAUUCAUUCAUUCUCCGCAUGCUCAAGAUGCUAAAAACUACUACAGUGCCAAAGCGGCUGCCGUUCCUUUCUUGAAGAAGGGCGACCGCCUUGAGGUAGUGUUGUCGAACUGACCGGCCCCAGGUAAUUCAGAGUUAUGUUAUUUCAUUUCAUACAUCUAGUAGUUUUAUUUAGAUUUGAACUCAGGACCUGGUCUGCAUUCGAACAGAUCUGAUUCAGGGGUGUACCAACUGAGUUAGGCCCAUUGGUAAUCAGCUGAGGUUCUGUCACAAGCCGGCCAACAUUUUCGUGUUUCUAUUGUUGUAUUCCCUACUGGGAGCACACUGUUUUUGCGGGCCUUGCUGCACUUAGUCUACCGGUAGUUGCGGAAUGCAUUGAAUUGUGAGGGGAGUAUCUUAUCUUCCUCACCUAUAUGGUAGAAAUAUUUGCAGAGCGCCAUGAUUUCUGUCUUUUUCACCUUUGGAGAGUGUUGGAGCGAUGGCCUUUUCGUACUUCUCUCCCUCCCUCUGGAUCACCCCCUGGUUAACGGAAGGUAGAAAUGGGUUACCCACCCACGCGGUUAACGGAAGGUAGAAAUGGGUUACCCACCCACGCGGUUAACGGAAGGUAGAAAUGGGUUACCCACCCACACGGUUAACAGAAGGUAGAAAUGGGUUGUUACCCACCCACGCGGUUAAUGGAAGGUAGAAAUGGGUUACCACCCACGCAGUAAACGGAAGGUCGAAAUGGGUUACCCAUGUGGUGAACAGAAGGCAGAAAGCCAGAAAUAGACAUAUACCCAUUUGGCUAACGGAAGGCGGAAAUGGGUUAACUAACCAAAGUGGUCAUAUACAUCCAGGAAAUCCUAGUGUGAGUAAGUCCUGAGGUAGAAAGAUUCGGUCGGAAACGUCGUCAGUAUGCGUAUGCUUGCAAGCUUUAGAUGCAUUGAGUGUACAUGUACUAUUUUUUAAGGAAUAUACAGGACAAAUUGCCCCUACUUACGUCGAGGAAAUAACAACGUGCCAUUGCCGAACCAGGUACCGAACCACGUGAUCCACGCUGGUUUGGAUUUUGAAGUCUUUCUUUUGACCGAGGACCGGGAAAUGGUUUCAAAUUGCCAAUGGUCGAACGAGCCAUGGAUCUGGUGAUUCAAUCCGGGUUCGGAUAUCAAUCGUCUUUCGAGCUAGAAACUGGGAAAUGGACGGUUGGCCGAUGGCCGAACCUCAUGACCCAGCCGGGUGUGGGUGCUUUAUACUGUCCGUACUUGGCCCAGUGACUCGAUAAGGUGCAGUAGUAUACUUAUCUCUGUUUCACUGGUACAAUUUUCAUAAUUUGGCAAUCCUAAGCUGUAUAGGAUAAACAGUUAUGUGACUAACUUCCAGCAACUGGACUAUAUCGCUCGCCCUUGCCCAUUCUUGCUGUUUUUUGGGAAGUCCAUAUUUAUUUGGCGCAGUAGCACCGUGGUGUUUGUAGUAAUACAUAAAUAACAAUUUUUAAUUUUACCCAUUAAAAUCACUUAGGGAGAAAACUGUCGUAAUAAUUUGACAUCCGAUCCAUCUCCUCAGUCCUUAAAGGGAGCCAGUGUUUAUGAACCGCAUUCUCUCUGGUAUACAACUUCCAGCACCUCGAAAGAAGCCAUCAUAUUGCAACAUCUCUCACUUCUUUCCUAGGGUACAUACGAGGGUUGUUUUUAUGCUUUCACUCCUGAGGGAGCACCACAUAGAUGAAUACCUCUUGGUCAGCUGGUGGUCUCUCUCUCUCUCUCUCUCUCUCUCUCUCUCUCUCUCUCUCUCUCUCUGUGUGUGUGUGUGUCCCCUCGCUCUCGCACUCUCAUGCGCACGCCCGCAUGUCAUGCACACACACACAUGCACACACGCACACACACUGUUUGCCUGCGUAAUGGCGGGGGUGAUGGUUACGAAGAACAGUUGCAGAUGGGGUGGUGACACGUGUUCUGACGAGCAGCUAUGCCGUACAGGUUGCGGAUUUGACCAAGAAAAAAGAAGAAGAGGUUUGAAAGCUUUCCGUUAGGUUGCGCUAUUUGGCCAAGCAAAAACAAAAAAUGAAGAGUUUGAUAUGUUGCCGCUAAGGUCGCGAGUUCAACCAAGUUGUAGCUGCCCAGCUGGAAUCUGCCAGGCUGAUGACCCGACUACCAGGAUUGUUCUAUUUCAAGUUUCAACCUAGAGAUUCGGAGGGCCAUGCUAAUAUUCUCUGUAUCGUUCCAAUUUUAACGGAUGUCCCGAAGGACGGGGGGAAUCUGCUCUUGCAAGAGCCAGGAGGGGAAACAGCUUGAGCUAGGAGGGGAAGCAGCUUGAGCUAGGAGGGGGGGGGCAUCUGUUCUCGCAAGAAUCAGGAGGGGAAGCAGCUCGAGCUAGGAAGGGGAGUCCGCUGUGCAAGAGCGAGGAGGGGAAGCAGCUCGAGCUAGGAGGGGACGCAGCUUGAGCUAGGAGGGGGGAAGCAGCUCGAGCUAGGUCUGGUCUUGCAAGAACUGGAUCAAAUGGGCCCAUCAGGAUGAUUGCUGCGGACGGUUUCAGCUACUUUGAUUUGACAGCAGCACGAGCUAAGAGGCGAAUCUAUUCUCGCAAUAAAAGGACUGAGUAGUUCUAUCAGCAUUGGGGAUUAUGUGCGGCGACUGUUUCGCCAGUCUAUCGGAGUUUGCAAGAGAAAUGGACUUGUGUCGAAAGCGUUUGCAACGAUGCAAAGACAACCUGUUUGUCCAUUAGAACCUACUGAGUGCUGUCCCAAAGGGCAUCUACCAUGCCAUUCACGGUAGGUACUACAGGUUUGUUCCAUUCGUGGUGGUAGAGAAGAGGAAUGGGACAUCGCAGUACCUCAUGGCAGGUAAGGGGAUUGAGAAUCACGGUGCCCAUAGGAGUAGGCAUUCUGAUCAGAUGCUGUCACGAGAUGACAUUGUUCAUAUCCUGAGGUGGCGUUCUUCGUGUAGUUUUGCGGGCGUCGAAUCGGAUGGAGAAGAUGUGUGUGGACAUACACCAGGAUUCUACCUCCACCCAUCCUGCGACCGCUGUGAAGGCGAAUCGGAGUGUGGUUUCAUGUAUUAGAUGAGAUGAUGGCAAUUGCCAAUAGCAACCAUGGCAGGGCGUCCUCUACACGUCUAGUGGACACUAGCCUGCCUGACAGAGGCAGCAAAAGCUGCAGGAUUUCCAUGGCGGUGUACUAAAAGGGUGCGCAAUGCCGACGAACAUCCCUUUUGUCGCAAAUCGAGAUAUGGGUUAGGCACGGUAAGGGCAUCACCUGUUAGGUGAUUGGAAGUGUUAAUGUCGUGGGAAUAACAAAAGGCAUGUUAAGCC